GCAGCUGGCAAGAGCAGAGGGCUGCCCUGCGCCACACUCACUUGGCCAGCUUCUGCAGCACCUGCUCGCACUCCACCCGCUUGCGCUCCAGCUGCUCGGGGUAAGGCACUGUCCAGAGCGGGGUCACCACAUCUGCCACAUGUGUGGCUGGCGGCUGGCCCUCGCCCUCCAGUCUCCGCCUCUUGGCCAUGGGGUCGGCCUUGGGCCGGGCCGGGCGCACGCUGAGCGGGCGGCCCUUCCAUAGGGCCCCGUGCAGCACACGCAGGGCCUUGUCUCGCUCAGCGGCACUGCGGAAUGUCACGAAGGCACAGGGCGGCUGCCCGAAGAGCUUGGUCUUGUGGGGCUGCAGGCCAAAGCGGCCCAGGAAGCGGCGGACGUCGCUAAAGCUGGCGUGGCGGGGCACGUUCUGCAGCUCCAGCUUGAAGAUCUCCGAGGACACUCAUGAGGACCACGACACCUCCACUGAGAAUGCAGAUGAAUCCAACCAUGACCCCCAGUUUGAGCCGAUAGUUUCUCUUCCUGAGCAAGAAAUUAAAACUCUGGAGGAAGAUGAAGAGGAACUUUUUAAGAUGCGGGCAAAGCUUUUCCGAUUUGCUUCUGAGAACGACCUCCCAGAGUGGAAGGAGCGAGGUACGGGUGAUGUCAAGCUCCUGAAGCACAAGGAGAAGGGGACCAUUCGCCUCCUCAUGAGGAGGGACAAAACUCUGAAGAUCUGCGCCAACCACUACAUCACGCCAAUGAUGGAACUGAAGCCCAAUGCAGGCAGUGACCGCGCCUGGGUCUGGAAUACCCACGCUGACUUUGCCGACGAAUGCCCCAAGCCGGAGCUGCUGGCCAUUCGCUUCCUGAACGCUGAGAAUGCACAGAAAUUCAAAACAAAGUUUGAAGAGUGCAGGAAAGAAAUCGAAGAGCGAGAAAAGAAAGCAGGAUCAGGCAAGGACGACGGUGCCGAGGUGGCAGAGAAGCUGGAGGCUCUCUCGGUGAAGGAAGAGACCAAGGAGGAGGCUGAGGAGAAGCAAUAAUCGUCUUAUUUUAUUUCCUUUCCUUUUUUUUCUUGUUAUUUUUCCUUUUUAAAUUUUGCCCCUGCUCUCCUUUUCGGUUUGUUUUUAUUCUGUUUUGUUUUUGCAAGGGACUUUAUAUAAAGAACUGAAUUCCAACAUUCAGAUUGUUUUUUUUUUCUAAGUUUUUAUCCUACUGAAGAUGACUUCAGAAAAUCAUUCCCCAGUCAUGAAAAUGUACUGUGCUAACUUUCUUUUCCAUAGUGGAAACACUUAUUUAUAGUCAUCAAAACUAGUGAAUAAAAAACACAUUUGGAACCUGGACAAACGGCAGGACUGCGUGUGUGCAAGUCCCUGCGCUAUGACGCUGCUGA